CGUUAUUUGACGUUCAAGUGUUGAGCCGCGCGCGGCCUCGCUCUUAUAAUGGAGCUUUUUUCUCUUGUCUGUUUGGUUUUCGGAAUCGUGUCAGCGAUGCUGUCUGUAAUUUCCACUGAUCCCACUGGUCUAAACAACCAAGAAAGUUUUAGAAGCAUAAAUUCAAAGCAUCAUAUAAGAUCAGUUCACCAAAUUCGAGAAUCAUGCUUAUCAUUUUCUGGUAUUCAAAGAAACAGAGUUAAUACUACUGACAGGCUUCGCCGUUUAAGAUUAAGAAUGAAAGCUAGUAAUUAUGAUGCAUAUAUAAUUCCAUCAAUGGAUGAACACCAGUCUGAAUUCAUUGCCGACUAUGACAAACGACGAGAGUUUAUUACUGGAUUCACUGGCUCAGCUGGUACAGCUGUAGUUCUUUUGGAUGCUGCAGCAUUGUGGACUGAUGGACGCUAUUUCUUGCAAGCUGAAAAAGAAUUAGACUGCAAUUGGAUUUUGAUGAAAAAAAAUACAGAAGGCUUUCCUACUCUUUAUGAUUGGUUACUUACUUCACUGGAUGUGGGAUCCAAAGUUGGAGCAGAUUCUAAAUUAAUUCCAUAUAGAGAGUGGCUGUUUCUGAAAGAAAAAAUGGAACAAGGUAAUAUAACUCUUAUGGCAGACCAAAGUAACCUCGUGGAUGAUAUUUGGAGCAUACCUCAAGGGCGUGUACCAGAAUCUGUUUCCCAUAUUUUCAUACAUGAUGUAAAAUACGCAGGUAAAUCUUGGGAACAAAAAGUUCAAGAACUAAGGAAUUUGUUGCAGGAAAAGCAAGCUGAUGCUAUUAUUGUAACUGCAUUAGAUGAAGUAGCAUGGUUGUUUAAUUUACGCAGCAGUGAUGAAACCUAUACUCCAAUUUUCAAAAGCUAUGCUUUCAUUUCUAAAAACUGGCUAAAAUUGUUUAUAAAACGUCUGAAAUUAACUUCUGAGGUAGAAAAAUAUUUAUGUCCAAAUGCAUAUAAUAGUUCUGAAUGUAUUAUGGUUAGUGAGUAUAACAGUGCUUUUGAAGAAAUUACAUAUUUAAUGAAGGAUUGCAAAACUGUGUUAAUUUCAUCAGAUUCAAGUUAUGCCAUAGUAAAUUUAAUACCAAAGGAAAAACAGAUAAUAGAUCUAGAAGCAUCUCUUAUAUCAAGUUUGAAAGUAAUUAAAAAUCCCGUGGAAAUAACUGGAAUGAAAAAUGCUGCAAUCAAAGAUUCAGUUGCAAUUAUUGGUUUUCUUGCUAUGCUGGAAAGUGAAGUCACAAAAGGUAAACAUUGGGAUGAGAUUAAAGCGUCAAAGACUCUCUCAAAAUAUAGAAAAGAACAACAACUGAAUCAAGGUGAAAGCUUUGAAACUAUUUCUGCCUUCGGACCUAAUGCAGCUGUAAUACAUUAUUCUCCUGAGACUUUUACGAAUCGAGAUAUUAAUAAGAAUUCAUUGUACCUUUUAGAUUCUGGAGGCCAAUACUUAGAUGGCACUACGGAUAUAACUAGAACUUUACAUUUUGGAGAACCAUCUGAUUUUGAAAUGGAAACUUACACUAGAGUUUUGAUGGGUGUUAUUGAUUUAAUAACUGUAGUCUUUCCUGAUGGUACUAGAGAUACUGAGUUAGAUAUUAUAGCUAGAAGACCUCUUUAUGGAAUUGGUUUGAACUAUCUUCAUGGAACAGGACAUGGAAUUGGCAGUUUCUUAGGGGUGCAUGAAGGUCCCAUUUCCAUCAGACAUGUUGAUAAAAACAGUCGACCCGGGUACCCACUCAAACCUGGAAUGAUUUUAUCCAAUGAACCUGGGUUUUAUGUAGCAGGAAAAUUUGGUAUACGAUUGGAAACCAUGAUGAUGGUUGUGAAUGCUCAAACUCCUCACAAAUUUCAAAAUAAGUACUACACGUUUGAGCCAAUUUCUUUUGUCCCAUUUGAACCGAAACUGAUUGAUUUGCGACUUCUUAAUAAGAAGCAGAUAGAGUGGCUGAAUUGGUAUAACAUGAAAACAAGGAAUUCAGUUGGCUUGGAACUUCAAAGGCAAACAAGGAAAAGAGGCUUUCGUUGGUUGCUUUCAAAAACAGAAUUCAUUCGGAUUGCUGAAUGUAUUAACCAAGGGUGUACUUUAUUUGUGUCAAAACUAUUUGUACUACUGUACAGUGUCCUAAUACCAAUAAUGUUCUUGUAAACAAUGUCUAAAUAUUUAUUUAUUAGUAUUUGAAUUCCUUACAAGAUAUUAAAGACUUUUUAAAAAUG